AUGGUUACGAUUAGGAAAGGGGACAAGGACAAAACGGCAUUCGUGACAUUUUUCGGGCUCUAUCCAUUUUUACGUAUGUCCUUCGGUAUGCGGAACUUUCUCACGACGUUGCAGCAGUUGAUUGACCGAUUCAAGGCUGGACUCCCAGACGUGUAUAUCGCUUAUAUGUAUGAACGAUUUCAUCCUGUUGAGCGCAAACAGGCAGAAGUGCGUAUUCGCCUGCUCCCAAAUAAAGUUCCUAGGCCACAUUUCGCGAAUGGGGAAAUAUCGCCUCAUCCCGUGAAGAUCUCCGCUAUAAUUCAGCUGGCACCGCCAGUUGACGUAAACCAGCCGAUGUUGUUUCUGCAAACAUGUAGCUGGUUCAGCUGGUUUAUUCCAGGGUUUUCAGGUGUCGCCGAACCACUUACUCGGUUGACGAAGAGGAAAGCUCAACGGAUGCCAGUGCUUACGCAAAUGGUGCAUGCUUGUUGCGGGAGGAAGACGGCUCCUGAACGCAAUUACACAACUAUGGACCGAAAAGCCUAG